AUGAACAGACUCUCAAACCAGCUGCGUUUCUACACAACUUUCACUAAGUCAGGAAUGUCGAAAGUUACAGAGCCGGGGUGCAAGUGCACAGACAAACCUAAUAUUCCCCAACCUAAUGAAGAGAUGGGUCCACUCGAGUCUUCCAUGUACAACAAGAUCGUCCGGGAUCUAAGUCCAACCCAGUUGAUUAUUCGGAACGAUUCCUGGAAGCAUGCCCAUCACACAGGUAUGGAAAAUGCAAGGAAUAAGGCAGAAUCUCACUUUCAUGUUACAAUUGUGAGUGACAAAUUCAAGGACAUUAGGGGUACUUUAGCAAGACAUCGUUUUAUCUUCAAGCUGUUAGACGAAGAAAUCAAAGGGGAAGGGAAAAUCCACGGAUUUCAAGUUGUCUGUAAAACUCCUGAUGAAUGGAUCAAGUUACAGGAAGCAAAGACUGCCCCAAGAGAGUCAAGCAAUGCAUAUUUCAAAUGA